AUGGCCUCAGUUCAAACGAGACCGGAGCAGCAACUAACACCGCAACAAGACCAGACGCAGUACAUGGACGACAAGUUGGGGCGCUCUUUGCCUACUAUUGCAGAUGAUGAGGUACAACACCCGGAGAUUCCCCGGCGCGGUGGCAAGAUCAACGGGCUCGAGAAGUUCGACGCCAGUUUCUUCAGCGUCCACUUCAAGCAGGCACACACCUUGGAUCCCAUGUGCCGUCUUUUGUUGGAGCGCUCCUACGAAGCCAUCGUGGACGCCGGAGUGAAUCCGCGAACUCUGCGUGGCAGCCGCAUGGGUGUGUUUGUGGGCACGUGCUACUCGGAAUCGGAGAAGUUCUGGUUUUACGAAAAGCUCCAGCUCUCAGGCUUCGGCCUCACAGGUUGCAGCCGCGCCAUGCUGGCUAACCGGAUCUCAUACUGGUUAGGAGCUAAAGGGGCUUCCUGCACCAAAGACACUGCCUGCAGCUCGUCCAUGUAUGCAUUCUACGAGGCCUUCGAAGCCAUCAGGAACGGACACAUCGACUGCGCGUUGGUGGGUGGCACCAACCUUACCUUGCACCCUUACAUGUCGCUGCAGUUCAGUCGGCUGGGACGCGCCAAGGACGCCCGCCGCGUGUACGCCACUGUGGUGAACGCGGCCGUCAACUGCGACGGCUUCAAGGAGCAGGGCAUCACGUACCCUUCGGGGCAGGCGCAGGCCGAGCUGAUGCGCGACACGUGCCGAGGCGCCGGCGUCGACCCCGCCAGCGUGGCCUACGUCGAAGCACACGGCACCGGCACUAGGGUUGGCGACCCGGAGGAAGUGGGCUCCAUUGACAAAGUGUUUUGCCUGGAGUCUGGCAGACAGACGCCUCUACUCAUCGGCUCCGUCAAGAGCAACUUGGGCCACACGGAGCCCGUUUCGGGGCUCUGUUCCAUCGCCAAGGUUAUCGUCGCCAUGGAGGAUGGAGUCAUUCCGCCAAGCAUCAACUUCAGGCGUCCGCGGAAGACCAUCCAGGGUCUCAUGGAAGGACGCGUUAAGGUAGUGGUUGUCCUAAUCUCAUCGGUUUCGGCGGCACGCACAGACGCGGUCGUUGUUGCUGCGUUCCCCCACUUACACCCCCUCUCCCCGGAACCAAGGCGAGGCGACUCGGGUACGUGCUCGCCGCUGCCGCGUCUGGUGCUGGCGUUCUGCGGCGUCACGCUGCGAGGCUCGUGUGGAUCUGCUCUGGACGUAGGUGUUGCGCGCCCACAUCGCUUCGCCGCACCAGCUGGUUGUGUCAGCUCAUUGCACCGCCUGCACUGA